AUAUGAGGUUAGAAGAAAAAGGAGAAGAACAAAAACAGAACCAUUUGAAUGCUUUCCUUAGCACUUCCAUUCCCUUCCCUUCCCUUCUUAAACGACUUUACUCAAUCUCUUGCUUCAUCACCUUUCACGAUUCCAUUAAUUCUUCAAUUUUGAGGAUUCUUUUCUUCUACUUUUUCGAUUCAUUUCCUCUUUUAAUUUUCAGGAGUUGUAAGAAGUGAAUUAUUCAAGAGUGAAAAUUGAAUAGAUAUAGUUGGUGUGGUUGUAAGAUGGGUGAUCAUUUAGCGUUACUGGUGAACCGGUUGCUAACAGAAUCAACUAUACACGCCGCAAUCGAGAGUCGAAACUGCGCAAAGGAGAUUGAACAAGGCAAGGAUAUUGACUACUUUAUGCCCAAGGAAGUUGAUGAUGACAGAGAGUUAUCAUCUCCUAGGAAAUUGGUGGAGUGUAGAAUUUGCCAAGAUGAAGAUUUUGAUUCUAAUAUGGAGACACCUUGUUCUUGUUGCGGCAGUUUAAAGUAUGCUCAUCGUAGAUGUGUACAGAGGUGGUGUAACGAGAAGGGUGACACCAUUUGUGAAAUAUGCCACCAGCAAUUCAAACCAGGUUACUCAGCACCCCCACCUCUAUUUCGAUAUGGACGUAUUCCAGUGAAUUUCAGAAGAAACUGGCAGAUAAGCAGAAGAGAGUUGGGUCAGUCGUCACAGUUGAUGGAAGCAGUUUCUUCAACUGAUGAAACUCUUUUAGACUCUGACUUUGAACAACCUUGUUCAAGAAGUCUUUUGUGUCGAUUUACUGUUGCAGUGAUUUUCAUUGGUCUGCUGAUUUUACGGCAUACUCUGCCAAUAAUGGUUGGUGGUGCUGAUGAGUUUGUUCUUCCUCUAUUCAUUCUUGCACUACUCAGAAUUGUAGGUAUUUUAAUGCUUGUGUAUGUUACCAUGAUGGCAAUUACUGGACUAAGACGACAGAGGAACCAUGAUGAUGAAUCCCCUAGUAUAUCGGAAAAUGAGCACUCUGAUUUGCAACAACAGCCUUCUCAUGUGAUCCAAAUAUCAUGAUCCAUCGCCACUAGAACCAUUUAUGGACUUAUCUGCAGAUCAAUCUCACGACUGUGAACCAAAUGAUGAGGGCAUUUUCACCCCUUUUUACACAAGGAACACACGGUUUGACUUAAUUAGUUUUGCCCAAUACUUAAACCUACAGAUACAGAACAAUGUGUACAUGAAUAUGUAUAUAUACACAACAAUAUGUAAUUGAUGCUCCCACCUGUCAAGGUUGAGGUGAAUACUAGAUAAAUCAAGUGUAAAUAAAUAGUGUGCCAGCAUUCUUCUA